GGUUGAAGCUUUAAAAAUGGUUAUUCUUCCUUCACAAACUUCCUUUUUCUUUCAUCUUUUUAGCCCAAAAAUUAAAGGAAAAAAAAUAGAGAUAGAAGAUUAUGCCUUCAUUUCCACAGCCUGGCUCUGUUACCAUCUGCGAAAUUAACCGAGAUUUGGUUACAGCCGAUGCCCUUUCCGAUAGUGAAGCUAAGGAUACUUAUGGAAAGCUUCUUGGAAUGGUGUUCAAUCCAGUUCCGUUUCAGUCCUUAGAGGAUCCCGCGCAACCUCCACCAGCUUCAAAUGCUGCCGUCUCUCAACCCAAAGGAUUUGGAAUGAUAACUUCCUCCCUCAAACACAUUUUUCUACCCAAUGAUAUUGAUUUGUUACCAGAAGUUGCUCUCCAAGGUGUGAGCUGGCAUCAGCACAAACAUAUACUGGCAUUUAUAUCCGGUUCUAAUCAGGUUACGGUUCGUGAUUAUGAAGAUUCAGCAGGGAAGGAGCCUUGCAUUUUAACAAGUGAGUCACAAAGAGAUGUUAAAGUUCUAGAGUGGAGGCCAAAUGGUGGAAAGUCACUUUCUGUGGCAUGCAAGGGUGGAAUUUGCAUUUGGGCAGCAUCUUAUCCUGGGAAUGCGGCAUCAGUUAGAUCUGGUUCUGCUUCAUUCUUGGGGGCACUCUCUAGAGGUUCCGGGACUCGGUGGACUCUAGUGGAUUUUUUUCGAAGUUCUCAUGGUGAACAAAUAAGUGCACUUUCUUGGAGUCCAGAUGGAAGAUAUUUGGCCUCUGCCUCGUAUGAAAGCUCGUCAUUCACAAUUUGGGAUGUUGCUCAAGGUACUGGGACUCCCAUUCGACGGGGAUUAGGAGGAACAUCAGUGAUUAAAUGGUCUCCAACUGGAGAUUACUUCUUUUCUGGAAAAUUUGAUGGAACCUUUUAUCUUUGGGAGACAAACACAUGGACUUCUGAACCGUGGUCUUCAGCCAGUGGUUUUGUCACUGGUGCAACCUGGGAUCCUGAUGGUCGUAUGGUCCUGCUUGCUUUCUCCAAGUCUUCAAAAUUGGGUUCUAUACACUUUGCAUCAAAACCUCCAUCAUUGGAUGCCCACUUAUUACCAGUUGAUUUGCCAGAGAUAAUAUCAUUGACAGGCAGUCAGGGAAUCGAGAAGAUAGCCUGGGAUGCUUCUGGAGAGCGAUUAGCAGUGUCGUAUAAAGGAGGGGAUGACAUUUACAAAGGUCUCAUUGCAAUAUAUGAUACGAGGAGGAACCCCUUGAUUUCUGCAUCACUAAUUGGUUUUAUACGAGGUCCUGGCGACAAUCCAAAGCCAAUUGCAUUUUCCUUUCAUGGCAAGUUUAAACAAGGACCAUUGCUUUCGGUGUGCUGGAGCAGUGGAUUUUGCUGUACUUACCCUCUACUAUUUCGAUCCUAAAUUUCUUAUGCGGUCAAGGCAUUUAGAGGCCAACCUAUGUAUGGCAUUUUUAUGUGAAACUGUUUAGAUGGGAUUAUUAGAUCAUUAUACUUGAAAACACAAUGGAAUUAUAUUGAAGGGAAUUUAUAUAUUUUCCAAUUUUUGCUUCACAAUAUUGAAUUUUUAUUUUAAUUAUUAUUUAUUGCCUUAUUA